UAGAGAACGUCGCUAGGUGUGUUUCAUAGAAGUAGAAGCCAGCUCGCGGGCAAAAAAACAUAAAAACUAAUCAAUAAUAGUUAUAAUUGUAAUUAAAUUAUAAAAUUUUAAAAAUUAUCAAAAGAAAAUUGUAGGAAAGUAACAGCGCAGAUAAAGUUUGUGCUGACAAGCUUUGCGGAUCGACGCAUCACAGCAGGCAACGCACAAUAAACGAUACAAAUUAUCCUUUUUUUGUGAUUUUUGACAGAAAACAAAAAAAAAAGAAAUAAAAAAAAAUUAAAGACAAGUGCUAAGGAAAAUGCGGCGAUUCAUCCAUUAUUGGUUUAGUAUUGUUUUUACAGUACUAAGCUAUACGAGCGAAGUCGUCAAGGCCCAGAGCAGUACAGUGCGUCCUUAUCAAUUCGGAUUUACAAUAGAUCAGCAACAACAUCGAUAUGAAAAACGCGACGAACGUGGUAUUGUGAUGGGAGAGUUUGGCUUUAUCACGGCUGACGGUAUUUACCAUGUGACCGUUUACGCUACCGAUGAAGAAGGCAAAUUUCGUAUAUUGGCUAUGAAAAGUUACCCUUACGAGUCGCCGCCAAAAACCGUUGAAAUGAUAGUGCAGCCAAAGCCUAAACCAACUACCACAACAACAACAAAGAAACCAGAAUUACCGAAAUUUAAUCAUGGCCUCGAUGCUUGCGGUGGUUGCUUUGUACCGAAUGGUAAUGGAAAACCGAAGGGUUUGGAUGUGAAACCGCAAACUGCUCCGCAAGCGCAAACAAAAUCAUUAUCCAAGAAUCCACUGCAACCGCCUCAUAGCGCUGGCGCUUCGCCCAGUCGUGCUGGUGGCGGUGCAAUUUCAAAAACAGGUUCAAGUGGAAAACCGGCGCUUUCAUCGGCAAUUGGAAAUGGUCCUCUAAUGGAUAUAAUUAUAGGAAAAGUUCUGCCAGCUAUUAUGGGAAAUAACGGUAAAGCUCAGACAACAACAGACACUGCGCAAAAAGGAAAAGGUUCUCCAACUAUUGGCGAUAUUGGCGGCGGACGAGGAGGAGAAGGAGGAGGAGGAGGAGGAGGCGGCGGGAAUGGAAAAAAUGCUAUAGGUAGUGGUGGUAAAAAGGCUACAUCGUUCCCUUCUAAUGCCAAAAUGCUGAUGGGCGACGGAGAUUUAUAUCGUUUCACGUACAUACUGGAUUAUAAUGGCCAUACGGAGACGGGAAAGCGCAAUGGCAAUAAAGUGGGCAAUUAUUUUGCCAUCGGUGACGACGAUAUUGAACGCACUAUUGAAUACGUAGCGGAUGAAAACGGCUUCCAGCCACGCGUACGUUGGCGUAAAUUGGAUGCAAAUACUAUAAAAGCAAAGUCCAAAAUGAAUUCUCUUAAAGAUUACGAAUUCAUAUGGUUUAAAACAGUAUAAUCCAGUAUCGAUGCUCACUGAUUGGAUUUAAUAAUAAAAAAAAAAAAUAUUAAAAAAAAAAAAAAAUUUAUUAACGAAUUAUUUAUUUUUUCAAAUGUUUUUUUUUUUUUUUUUUUGUUUAUCUUUUAUUUAGACAAUUUUUCGUUUAUAAUUUUUAUCUUCUACGAGUGGGAUGAUUGGGGGAAAAGGAGGGCUUUGGAAAUUUUUUACAUUAAUAAUCAAAAUUUUUUUUUUAAUUUACACGUUUUGAGAUUAAAAUCUUCG